UGGGGAGGGGCGCGGCGCGGCCAUGGCGGAGCAGGAGGGACCCGCGGGCGGCGAGCGGCCGCGGGCGGGGCGGAAGAUGUCCCUGCAGAGAUGUGAAACAUGUAGUGAAGAGGAAGCGAAGUACAGAUGUCCACGUUGCAUGAAAUAUUCGUGCAGUCUGUUGUGUGUAAAGAAGCAUAAGCUUGCACUGAGCUGCAACGGAGUCAGGGAUAAAACAGCAUUUGUCUCUGUAAAUGAAUUUACUGACUUGAACCUUUUGAGUGAUUAUCGUUUCCUGGAAGAUGUGGGAAGGACAGCUGAUGCUGCUGCUCGACACCCUACUGUGCACAGUCCCGCAGCAAAGAAAAUUUUGUAUUGCUUGAGAAACAAAGCUCGGAAGUGUAACAUUGACCUGAGAACACUGCCCGUUGGAUUUACAAAAAGAAGAGAAAACUCAACAACCUACAGUAUCACAGAGAAAAAGUUCUACUGGCAUUUGAAGCUCCGAUUUCCUCACUGUCACGCUGAGUACACGCUAAAAGGGGUGCCUGAGGAUAAAACGCUGACUGAUAUCCUUAAGCCAUACAUUGAUCCAGUGGAGUCAGAUCCUGUAGUUUGUCAAAGAUUAAAAAUCUAUACAGCAUCUCCCCAGUCAGAUGUACAAAUUUUAAUGAAAGUAGAAAAUAGGAGGCAAAACUCUGUCAGGUACCAUGAACUGGAUGCCAGUAGAAGCCUCCUAGACAAUUUGAAGGGCAAAGUAAUAAUUGAGUACCCAACGUUAUUUGUGGUCUUGAGAACAUUGAAGAAUGACAUGGUGAUUCUUGGCCAAGAUGCCAGUGAAGCUGCGGAGAAAUCAGACGGUGAAAGUUCAUCCCUUUCAUCUAUGGAAGAAGGGGAAAUUCGAGACAGCUCAUGAUGGUUCUCUGAGAGAAGAGGGUGGAAUGAGCAUUUUAUCUUUCUUUUUUAUUUUAUUAAAUCUUUUUGUAUACAGCUGAGUUCUCAGAGAUUGGGUUUGGCUUCCUUCACUAAAGGCAGUGCUUUGAAACUGCCAGCCUAUUUUUGGACUUAGGAAUGCAUAUUUAGGGUUGUAAAUGAAGAGACAGGGAAUUCUUGGUUCUAGAAUAAAAAAUGAUAUUUAAUUGCA